CAGGUAGUGCGGGUCCAUACUUCCCCACAAACGAUCGCACACGAUUUUUUUGAUUUUUUCGCACAAAAGACGGCUUUCUUGGCUCCAAAACAAACAGUCUUGGAAACGAAUCAGAAAAGUCGCACACCCCUACCUACACUCGAUUCAUCCAUUCAGCCGCUUCUCCUCCACCCUCUCCUCACACACACAGACACACACAAAGGCAAAUGGCGUCUGCAAACAUCUUUGAGCUCCUCAACGACGACGCGCAGGAUCAGACGAUCCAGGUCCCUGCCGUCAAGAAGGAGUCCAAGCCCGCCUCGAAGCCCGCUGCUGCCUCCAACGCCCCCCCUAAGCCUGCCGGUGACAACAAGGCUCCCCGCAAGGAAGGUGCCCGUGCCAACAAUAGGCCCAGGGACAACGAUGCCCCUCGCGGACCCCGCUACGACCGCACUCCUCGCGAUGGCGAUGCUGCUUCUCGCGCUCCCCGCGGCGCUCGUGCACCCCGUGGUGCUCGUGGUGGUCGCCACGGCGGCUAUGAUCGCCACUCCGGAACUGGCAUCAUUGACAGCGAAAAGAAGGAGAACAACCGCUUGGGUGACCCCACCUCUGCUCCUCUUGAGGCCGAGAAGGAUGCUGCUUUGAGCGCAGAGGAAACCACUCAAGCUGCCACUCCCGAGCCUGCUGAGCCCGAGGAGGUUGUCAAGACCCUCGAUGACUUUUUGGCUGAGAAGGCUGCCAAGGCCCUCAAGCUUGCUCUUCCUGAGGCCCGUGCUGCUAACGCUGGCACUGAUGAUUCCCAGUGGAAGGACGCCAAGGUCCUUGAGGUCGAGGAAACUGGUGACUUCAUCAAGAUGGGCAAGGAGCCUGUCGCCAAGAGCCGCAAGGGCAAGAAGGAGACCAAGGUCUUGUUCACGGAUAUUGACAUCCGCUUCACUGAGCCUGCCCGUGAGUCUGCUCCCCGUAGCGCUUUCCGUGGCGGUCGUGGUGGUGAUCGUGGUGCUCGUGGUGGUGACCGUGUUCCCCGUGGCGCUCGUGGCGGCAACACCGCUCGCCGUGGUGGUGCUCCCCGUGGUGGUGCCGCCGUCAACGUUGACGACCAGGAGCUCUUCCCCAGCCUCGGCUCCCAGUAAACUGGUCCAUGGAAGGAUAGGAUAUCAGGCAGAAGCGCUUGCCUCACCCUAAACGACAGUUGUGUGAUGUUUUUAAUGAACAUGUGUGCUUUAAUCAUUAUCCGAUUCAUUCUGUCCUUGAUGCCCUUUAUGAUUCAAUGUUUCUCUGUGGACGAUGGGAGUAAAAGGUUGGGAAAAUCCCUUAUUAGCGAACUGGCAGCUACUUAUUCAGAUGACAGCGCUCCGUCCGUGGUCCUCAUUGCGGCCAGUAGACCCCUACCCCUAUGCAUUCUAUGCACGUUAAUUCAUG